AUGGCAUCAUGCUUAUACGAAUGUCUUUGUGAAGCAGAACUUGGAAAAUACUACCCUCAUUUUGCUGCCUUUGGUCUUCAGAAAAUAGAUGAAUUAGCUAAAGUUACAAUGGAAGACUACUCCAAAUUAGGAAUCCACAAUAUGAAUGAUCGUAAACGCCUCUUCCAACUCAUUAAAAUCAUUCAAAUCAUGCAGGAAGAAGAUAAAAGCACUGAUAGCACCUCCCAAGAUUUCCUAACAAGUAACCUCUACAUCCAUCCUCAAGCACCUCCAAGCUCAGGACCUCGAAGGCAACUCUGUUUUGAUGCUUUUGCCAAUAACAAAAAACAAACUGCUGGGGAUUUUGCAGUUGACACAUGUAAUCUUUCAGACUUUUAUUCAACUGAACACAAACCCAGUUUAGUAGAUAUGCUGGAGCAUAUCCUACCAGGUGAUACUCAAUAUAAUAAAAAGCCAAGAACUCCCAGUGCUGCAGCUGCUGAUACAUGUAUGCAAACAGCAACAAACAGUACAGCAGUGUUCUCACCAAAUAACCUUUCUCCACUUUUGGGGGAUAUUGAAGUACCUACCGUACAAAGAGUCACUCACAUUUCUGGAUAUAAUUAUGGAAUCCCUCAUUCUUGUGUCAGAGAGAAUAUCUCAGAGAAAGAUGAUAUUUGGACUGAAACUGAGAAAAUUAGAGUGUGUGUACGGAAACGCCCUCUCGGCACAAAGGAAGAAAAACGUGGAGAAUUUAAUAUUAUUACUGUAGAAGAUAAAGAAACUUUACUUGUCUCUGAAAAGAAAGAGGCAGUUGAUCUUUCCCAGUAUAUUCUACAGCAUGUUUUUUAUUUCGACGAAGUCUUUGGUGAGACGUGUACCAAUCAAGAUGUAUAUAUGAAAACCACUCACCCACUUAUUCAGCAUAUUUUUAAUGGAGGAAAUGCCACUUGCUUUGCAUAUGGUCAGACAGGGGCUGGAAAAACUUACACCAUGAUAGGGACUCAUCAAAACCCAGGACUCUAUGCUCUUGCUGCUGAAGACAUCUUUAAGCAGAUAGACAUAGAUGAGCCAAGGAAAGACCUCUCUGUGUGGAUUAGUUUUUAUGAGAUCUACUGUGGACAACUUUAUGAUCUACUAAAUGGAAGGAAAAGACUUUUUGCAAGAGAGGAUAGUAAACAUGUUGUACAGAUAGUAGGAUUGCAGGAACUUCCAGUGGAUAAUGUGACUCUCCUUUUAGAGGUUAUUUUGAAGGGUGGCAAAGAACGCAGCACUGGUGCUACUGGAGUCAACUCAGAUUCCUCUCGUUCCCAUGCUAUCAUCCAAAUUCAGAUCAAAGAUUCAGCCAAGAGAACCUUUGGGAGGAUAUCUUUCAUUGACUUGGCUGGAAGCGAGAGAGCAGCUGAUGCCCGAGAUUCAGAUAAACAAACAAAAAUUGAAGGUGCAGAAAUAAACCAGAGCCUUCUAGCUCUGAAAGAAUGUAUCCGUGCAUUGGACCAGGAACAUGCUCAUACUCCCUUCAGACAAAGCAAAUUAACUCAGGUACUGAAGGAUUCUUUCAUUGGUAAUUCUAAGACCUGCAUGAUCGCCAAUGUAUCACCCAGCCACAUGGCUACAGAGCACACCUUGAACACUUUACGCUAUGCUGAUAGGGUAAAAGAACUCAAAAAAGGAAUUAAAUGCUAUACUCCAGUUACCAGUCGAAAUAGGUCAUCUGGAAAUGUGACUCCAAAACGUAUUCAGUGUUCACCUUCAGGACUUCUAGGAGACAAGUGCUCUCCCAAAAAAGUGAAGUUAGGAUUUCAGCAACCUCUCACAUCAGCCUUCAGCACUACACGAGGAAAGUGCUGUCCUUUAACCUUCCAUUCAACCAGUGUCCCUUUUUCUUCCACCCCCAAAGCGAUGGGCAAAAGCAAUGCCUCCAGAGGAAGUCCCAACUAUGCAUGGCUCAUCCCUACUACUCCCAUUAAAGAACCUGCAAAGACAGAAUCUCCUCCAAAGAAGAAGACAGAAAACUGUACAUCGAGUUUCGAGAAAUUCUAUCCUAACAAAGACUUGGCUGGCAAUAUAACCACAGCUGCAGAAAACAGGGGUACAGGCCUUGGGGGGGGUACCUAUGUGCCAAGCCAAUGCAAAAAAGGAUCAGCAGUGCAGAAGCAAGUUGUGCCCCGAGGUGGUUUCUCUUUUGGGGAUCCCCAUCAUGGAGAGCCAUUUAGUCAGGCCUGUGAGAAGGUGCUAACCACACCCUGCUCUGAAGCUUGGACUACCAUUCCUCCUCAUCAGAAAGACAGGGAAGCACAUUUGCGCUUUUAUCACCAGCAAUUUCAGCAGCCACCUCUUCUCCAACAGAAGUUAAUCAGUCAUCCACUGGAACAACUUUUAUUCCAGUACAACCCCCAAGAAAUUAGACUUCAGCUAGAUAUACCUCCUUAUUCACAAAACCAAGAUGUCACCCAACUGGAAGACUUAGACGACAGUGAUUUCAGUGAAGAUUCUUUUUCGCCUACUUUUAACCAAAAGACAGCCAAAAGAAGAAACACCCUGGAAUGUAUUGAACAUUCUUUCUUCCUUCAUCAGAGAAAAGAACAAGGAACUGAGGAGCAAAAAAUUGAAAGUGAGAAGAAUUUGUUUUUUAACUACAAGAUAAAUACUCCAGAGAAUGAUGUGAAUAAAAAUUGUGUCUAUACCAGGAAUCCAACCUGUCUAGACCCAGCAGAGCUGAAUAAAGGGCACCACUACAACAAAUCCCUUAAUGAUAGGAGCUUAGAGGAUAACUUGACUUCCUCAGGCUCUUCUCCAAGACACAACUUGGCAGAACCUUAUUGCUCACAGGUAGAUUUUAUCCACAACAGGAGAAGGGAUAGUAACCUAGCAUUUGACCAUAAACAUUUCCUUUUCAAAAAUGAGCCUCACGUGCAGGCCGAUGAUACCUCCUUAUUACCAGAAAAGGACACAUCCACUUUGUCAGCAUUAAACUUUGCAAUUCAAAGGGGUUCAGUCAUCUUACCACAGGAAGAAAGCAGGGACAGCAACCAAACUCAGCAGAUGAAACCAAUGAAGAGAAAUAACCUUAAUGCUAAAGGAGAUUUUUGUGAGGCAUCAGGGACUUCAGCAGAGUCCACUUCCUGGCCAAUGGCCCCUCUCACAAUGUCUCUUCUUGAGAGCACAGAUAAAGAAGCUUCUAAUGAACUCUUUCUUAACCAGAUGUCAAGAUCUCCUCAGAGAAAGAAGCAGAUACUAAAUGUGAAUACAAUGAAUUCUGGAAAGUGUGACAAGGAAAUCAAAAUACCCAAUGCAACCAAAGACCUCAUAGCUGAAAAUGCCAGUACACUGGGUGUGGACAAACCAACAUUGGAUUCUGAUAGCAAGUCGGCUCGGCUGUUGUCUCUUCAGUCAGAGGACCAGUGGUUUUUGUCAGGGUCCACUGCUGCUGUGCCUGAUGAUGAUCUUGCAAACAUCUCAGCUAUCCAUCAGGUCUCAAUUAGUAAUCUGUCAGUAAGUGAAGGCAGUAUAGAAGAGUCUUUAGAGGAAAAAGUGGGAACGAUGGCCUUCAGAAACAUAAAAUGUCAAGACUAUAUCAACAGCAAGCAUUAUGAGGCAGAUACAGAAGAAACCGUGCUGAAGUGGGACUUGAGCUCCCCCCAAAAGACCUACCCUAAUGAGGAGAGUCCAGGAGUCAACCUUCGGCCAACCUCUCCCAUGGUUCCUGCAGAUGUGCCUGAAAAAGGGUUUUCAGGCAGCCCAACAGUUCUUACAAAUGCCAGAAAUGUUUGUUCCUCUAACCAGCCCCUGGACAAAGAGAACAAAGUCCAGAAAACUGAUAGCCCCUUCAAGUUGGCUUUUGAGGAAAAUGGACAGCUAAAACAUAGACUGAUCCAAAGCAUCUUUACAGAGUCAGGCUUUCUUGGGGAACAUGUUGCAAGCUCUCUGGGUGCUGAUCACUUGAAUUCUACCAACAGCAGUCAAAGCAGCCCAUUUCACCUUGUGAGAGAGAGGUACAAGGAAACUCUUUUACAAGCACAUAGUAGUCCAUUAUGUCAGUGUGCCAGCUUGUUCAGCCAUCAUGCAAGCAAUGGGUUCAUCACAGGAAUUUGCAGUAUAAGACAGAUUGUCAUUCAAGCCCACCAGGAACAGAUAGACAAAAUGGCAGAACUGGGCUUUAAGGAGGAGAGUUUGAUCAGUCAAAUGUCAGGAGCUGAUUUUGAAGACUUUGUGACCCAACUGGAUGAAAUCAUGGUCCUGAAAUCCAAGUGUAUCCAGAGCCUCCGAGGCCAUCUGCAGCUAUACCUUGCCUGUUGCAGGCCUGAAGCUGCCCUAGAGAGAACAUCAGCCUCUUAG